GGCCCGCGCUCAUUUGCUGGCGCCCUUCCUCCUCGCUUCCCAUUGCCCCUGCUUUCGCCUCUUUGUUUACGUCCUCCGCUCAGGCCCGCCCCUCUCAGAAAGGCUGCACAAUGUAGGCUCAUAGGCUCUAGAGGACCUUUUUCUCUGUCGCUUUCCUUUUCUUCUCCGCAUUCGCGUUUCCGCUUUCUCAUGGCCAUCUGGUUUUUCCACCGCUGAGGCCCAUCGCGCCUAGGACUUCGGUGACGUCAUCUUUCUGCGCCGCGCGGACACCCGCGGGUGGAAGAAGGAAGAGCUACGCCGCCCUUCGUUUUUUUUUGUCGGGCUGCAGCUCCUUCGGAAUCAUGGCGCCGUCGCUAUGGAAGGGGCUGGUGGGCAUUGGCCUCUUUGCCCUCGCCCACGCCGCCUUUUCCGCUGCUCAGCAUCGUUCUUAUAUGCGAUUAACAGAAAAGGAAGAUGAAUCACUGCCAAUAGAUAUAGUUCUCCAGACACUUCUGGCCUUUGCAGUUACCUGUUACGGUAUAGUUCAUAUUGCAGGGGAGUUUAAAGAUAUGGAUGCCACUUCAGAACUAAAAAAUAAGACGUUUGAUACAUUAAGGAAUCACCCAUCCUUUUAUGUAUUUAAUCAUCGUGGUCGAGUACUGUUCCGGCCUUCAGAUUCAACAAAUUCUUCAAACCAAGAUGCAUUGUCCUCUAACACAUCAUUGAAGUUACGAAAACUCGAAUCACUGCGUCGUUAAGAUUUUUACAAAUUAUAAUAACAGAACAGGACAUAGAGCUGGAAUAUUGGAGUUUGGGGUAUAAAAUACUCCCCCCAUCAGUAUUUAUACUGAUCUUUCAGACCUAAUUUAAAAAAAAAAAAAACUAUGGCUCUUGUUUAUACACUGUUAAUCAAAUCAUUAAUGCAGUAUAAGUUAUCUGUGGAAUGAGUCUUUGGUAUUUCAUAUAGAGAAAUUUUUUUCAUUUGAAACAAAUUUAUGUCCUUUAUAAAAGCCACUGUUUUGAACACAUUUCCUUGGAAAAUGUUGGUGGUUUUUGUGAUUAUUUAUUUUCUUAGAUUUCUUUUCUUUUGCACUAC